AUGAGUUUCACAGGCAAAGUGGUAUUCAUCAGUGGCGCGAGAUCUGGAAUUGGCGCAGCAGCGGCAAUUGAAUUUGCUAAACAAGACGCUGAUGUUGUAAUUAUUGGAAGAAAUGAAGCGAAAAUGAAUAACGUAUACAAACAAUGUGAGACGCAUGGUAAGAAACCUUUAGUCAUCAAGGCUGAUAUAUCAAAAGACAAGGAAGCAAAAGCAGCAAUUAACAAAACAAUCGAUAAAUUUGGCAAACUGGAUAUACUGGUAAACAAUGCGGGAAUUAUGAGGUUGGGAAGUAUUCUAUAUGGGAAUUUAUUAGAAAGUCAUGAUGAAGUAAUGAGUACGAAUCUACGGGUGGUAAUGCACCUUACCACCCUAGCUGCUCCACACUUAAUAAAGACAAAAGGGAACAUCAUUAACAUUUCAAGCAUUGGGGUGAAAUAUUGCCGAUUUUACUAG